GCGUUUUCACUGGCGGUGGCCGCCCAGCCUGUGGGAAUCCCGGGGCCUAAACGGGGCCCCGGAGUCACUGGUGGGUGGGCGGUUCCCGGAUCAUGCAGAUCUCAGGGCGCGAGAUCUCUGCCCUGUUCCUCCGUUCCCGGGCUCUGCACACACUGCCCCUCUGCGGCCUGGGCUGAAUGUCCAGGGGACCAAGAUGUCCACUCUCCCUCAGAAGAACCCCAGACCACUUACUUCCUGUCCAGGCCCAGCCUGCACACAGAACAUGGACAGUAAUGGUGGGGCUGGUCUGAGAAGAGAGUGCUGCUGCGAACCAGACCAGAAGCAGUCGAAGCUCUAUGGAGUGGGUGACCCUGCUGCCAUGUUCUCCUGUGACAGCCCUUAUCUGUCCUCCAGGGGGAACAUCAUUAAGUGGUUCUGGGACUCAGCGGAGGAGGGCUAUAGGACCUACCACAUGGAUGAGUAUGAUGAAAAGAAGAACCCCAGUGGCAUCAUUAACUUGGGCACCAGCGAGAACAAACUCUGCUUUGACCUACUGUCCUGGCGGCUGAGCCAGAGUGACAUGCUGCAGGUGGAGCCAGCCUUGCUGCAGUACCCCAACUGGAGGGGACAUCUAUUCCUCCGUGAGGAAGUGGCCAGGUUCCUGUCUUUCUACUGCAAGAGUCCGGCACCCCUUAAAGCAGACAAUGUGGUGGUUCUCAACGGCUGUGCCUCUCUCUUCUCUGCUCUGGCCACGGUGCUGUGUGAGGUGGGGGAGGCCUUCCUCAUCCCUGCCCCUUACUAUGGAGCUGUCACACAGCACGUCCACCUCUAUGGCUCCGUCCAGCUGGUCUGUGUCUACCUGGACAGUGAGGUCUCUGGGUUGGCCACACACCCCUUCCAGCUCACUGUGGGGAAGCUGGAGGAAGCCCUGCAAGGAGCUGCUUCUCAGGGUGUGAAGGUCAAAGGCCUUAUCCUCAUCAACCCCCAGAAUCCUCUGGGCUAUGUGUACUCUCCAGAAGAGCUGCGAGAGUUCCUGGAAUUUGCCAAGAGGCAUGCGCUGCACGUGCUGGUGGAUGAGGUCUACAUGCUGUCUGUGUUUGUGGACACGGCUGGAUACCACAGUGUCCUGAGCCUGGACAGGCUGCCUGACCCUCAGAGGACCCACAUGAUGUGGGCUGCCAGCAAGGACUUUGGGAUGUCAGGGCUCCGCUUCGGCACCUUGUACACUGAAAACCAAGACGUGGCCACUGCCGUGGCUUCCCUCUGCCGCUACCAUGGGCUCAGCGGUUUGGUCCAACACCAGAUGGCACAGCUGCUCCGGGACCGAGACUGGAUCAACCAGGUGUACCUGCCGGAAAACCAUGCCCGACUCAAGGCUGCUCACACCUAUGUCUCAGAAGAGCUUGCGGCCCUGGGGGUCCCCUUCCUGCGAGGUGGGGCAGGCUUCUUCAUCUGGGUGGACUUGAGGAAGUAUCUGCCUAAGGGCACCUCUGAGGAAGAAAUGCUGCUCUGGCGUCGCUUUCUGGACAACAAGGUGCUGCUGUCCCCUGGCAAGACCUUCGAAUGCAAAGAGCCUGGCUGGUUCCGCCUGGUCUUCUCUGACCAGCCCCUCCGGCUUUCACUGGGGAUGCAGAGGGUCCGGCAGGUGCUUGAGGACCAAUCCCCGGUGGCAAAGAACCCCCCUUCCUGUCAGCCCCAGGACCCCAGCGGCCAGGACAAGUGAGCUGCUCUUUACCUUGUGGCUCCAAAGCUGAUAGCCACUGCCUGCCUGGGCUGGAUGGAACUGUGAAGACUGAAUGCAGAUGAGCUGUUCAGCAGGAAGGCAGCUCACUUGCUCACUUGGCGUAGUCCCCAGAGAACCAUUCCUGCCUCUGUCAGUGGUGGUUCUGUAAGCACACACCCCCCCACCUCCUAUUAAACAGAACUGGGGAGAGAAA